CAAAGAUUUUCUGUCUUCACAAUUGAAGAGUAAAUAACGGAAGUAGAUGGCUCGGAAUAAUUUUAGAAAUCAACAAAUAUCCAAUAUUUUGAUGUAUUUAUCUAAUUAGAUUUUGCCAAGAUGGCAGAUUCAGAUGAUUUUGGGCCCAUGGAGUCUGCAGAUGAUAUAGCUGUUUUGAAGUCGAGGGUAGAAGAGCUUGAGGAUAGUGAAAGGAAACUUCUGAAACUGAAAGAAGAAAAUGAAGCAGACUUUGGACAAAAACGUGCAAGAUUCAGAGAACUGUUCAUGCAAAAAGAAGCUGAACUAAAAGCUGAUAAAGACAGAGUGACAAAACUGGAACAAGAGUUAAAAGAGACAAAGUCCGAGCUGGAAGAUAUCAAGACAGCAGUGGCUGUGUCGGAGGCAAAUAAAGAGGAGGAGAUAGCUAAAGUACGCAGACAGUGUGAGCAGGAGAUACAGACAAUGCAGGCAUUGUUGAAAGAGGCUGCAGAAGAGGCAUCCAGCUCGACUGCGGCACAAUAUGAAUCAGAGAGAGCCAAACUAAAGGAGCUGAAUGAAAAUUAUGAGGAGGAAAUACAGUCGAUACGCAGUCGACUGUCACAAGAAAGACAGCUUGACAAGGGGAAAGGUUUCCUAUCAUCAGUGGCAGACAUAGUUUCUAGAGGGACGGCAUCAUUGAAUCCAGCUAGUUCUGAUUCUAAUACAGAAGCUGAAUCUCUAGAGGAGGAUAUGAGAAAAGCACAACAAGAUGCUGAGAUAUUGAAAUCUGUUGUUUUACCAUUGGAGCAAGAAAUUGAAAGUUUAAAACAGAAACUGAGAAAACAGACAGACAAUGUUAGGUCUUUAGAGAAACAGAAACUGCAGUUACAGGAGAAACUUGUAUCAUUGCCGAAUGAAUUACCGAGUCCGACCAAAACUACAUCACUGCCUUCCUUGGAUGAUAUAAAAGAUCCUGAGGAAAAGAUACAGCAGUUGAUGAAGUAUUUAAAGGCUGAGAAAGCAUCUAGAACAGAUCUGGAGAUGUAUGUAGCUGUUCUUAGUACACAGAAAAAUGUUCUACAAGAUGACAAUGAUAAAACAAGAAAUGAGCUGAAAGAAGUAUGUACUAUACUGGAUGAAGAGAAGAGGUCACAUAACCAGUUGAAGGAGACAUGGACGAUGGCCAACGAUCAGUUCCUCGAAUCUCAAAGACUUAUGAUGAUGGACAUGAGAAGAAUGGAAAGUUUGCUGUCAGCAGAACAACAGAGAUUACUAGCAGAACAACAGAAGAAAGAUCUGGAGAGAGAGGCUCAACAGAAGAAGGUGAAAGAUUUGGAAGAAUUGAGAUUAAAACAAGAGAAAGAACAAGAGCUUCUAAAGAAUACAGAAGGGGCUAAACAGGUUGAAGAAAGUACAAAAAAAUUGAAGAAAAAAGAGCUAAGACUUUCAGACAGAUUAUUCAGUGACAAAAGUGCGUCAAAUACUUCGAUAAAUUCUGUUGGAUCUAUAGACUCGUUGAACUUUGACGACAGUCUCGCUGAAACGUCGUUAAAAAAAUCUCUCUCGAAUUCUGAGAUAAACUCUUUAUCAGAGCAGGAAUUCCUGGAUAGUGGAUUACACGAGACUCAAUCGUUGAGCGAGGUGGAUAAUUUAACUAUAAGGAUUUCUCCGGAGAAAGUGAUAAAUUUACCUUCCCUCACUGAUGCACAAGUCAGAGCUAUAACAGCUCCUACUCCAGAAAAUGAGGCGAGAAAAAGUUUAAUAGCCAGUGCCAAAUCUAAAACAGAUAGUAUAUCACUGCAAGGCAAACGUUUAGUUAGUGAUAAAGAAUGGCGACUAAUGCAAGAACAGCUGCGAGCAGCUCGUGAAAAGCUUGGCAGGCCGUGUGAUAUGUGCAAUAAUUACGAAGCUCAACUACAAGGUGUGCAAGAUGAACUGAAGGAAGAGCGAGCCAAACUACGGUCCUGUGAACGCGAGUCAAAUGCGGAAAAACAGACCAUAAACAGUCAGAAAAAUUAUAUAACUGAGCUGGAAGAAAAAUUAAAAGACGCUGCUUCAGAUACAGAUGAACAGAUUGGAAGUUUAGUGAACAAAGUGAAGGAAUGUGAGAAAUAUAUGUCAGAACUGAGGCAGCAACAUAAUUCCGCGCAGGUAGAACUUCAAGAAAGUUUGAGAAGUCUUUCAUCAGAAAGGACAGAGGUCCAAAAAGAGCUUGUAAGAUUACAAGAAGAGAACGAUUCUCUACAAGGCAAACAUUCCAAACAUGCAGGGCAACUGCAAAAUGAAGAUAUCAAUCUACCAAACAAUCUAGACGAUAUGCAAUUACUGCUGCUAAAGUAUAGAGAAGAAAUCAUUCAAGCUAAGGUUGCAAAAGAGCACACAGAGGAGUCUCUGAAGAGCCAGAUAAUGUUCCUCAAAGAUCAGGUUGUAUCUGAGCAACAGGAGAAGUCCACGAUGGAGGAAACCCUCACACAAGAGAUCAAUUCACUACAAGAAAGAUUAGCUAUACAAGACAGUAUAAAGUCUGAGUUUGAUAGAGAGGCUGCAGUGCGGGCGCAGGCCGAGGCCAAGCUACGUGAGAUGGACAAAGCAUUAAAAAGUCAGCAGGCACAAGCCAAGCAGCUGAUUGGUGGUUUAAAGAAACAAUUAGAGGAGCAGUCCAAUGCAAGGAUACAACUGGAAAACGAAGUUCAUUCACAGAAAGUAAAAACACAGUCAUUACAAACAGAGCUUGAUAAUAGUGAAAUUGUACAAAGAGAUUUUGUAAAGCUUUCACAGUCACUUCAGAUCCAGUUAGAAGAAAUUAGAAAAUCAGAAACGGAGGUACGCUGGCAGAAUGAAGAGGACUAUGAUGACUGUCAUUCUUGUAAACAAGCAUUCUCUGUAACCAAAAGAAAGCAUCACUGCAGACAUUGUGGUCGAAUAUUUUGUUCAGAUUGUAUAACAAAGACUGUAAAUAGCGGACCGAAGAUGCGGCCAGCCAAAGUGUGUGACGUCUGCCACACUAUACUGGUUGCAGACGCCAUGCCGUACUUCAGCACUGAACCACCCCAUACUCCAGAUUGAGACAGCACUUGAAGCCUCGUUCUGGGGGACCAUACAGUUUGAGAAGAAGUUGUUCAUGAAU